AGCAAUCUUUCACUCCAAUUAUUUCCCCUUCCAUAGUUUUCUUCCCAGUUCUAAUUUCAUCUCUUUGGGUUUCCUAUGGCUACUGCUGAGGUUGUAUCCGCUCAAACUGCACUUCAUGAGGAGAAAACUGAAGAAACAGUCAAGGAUCAAGAAACAACAGUCGAAGAGGUAGUUUCCGAAGCACCUGCGGCGGAGCCUGUUGCCGAAGAGACGAAGGAAGCCGAGCCUGCAACAGUUGUAGUGGAAGCGACGGCAACCGAGGAACCUGUGGCUACUGAACCUGAAGCCUCAGCUGAAGUUGAAACGAAGGAGGAGGCACAAGAAUCCCAGGUUGUCAUCGAGAAGACAGUAGAGGAGACUGAGACUCCUGAGGAAACAGUGCCGGAACCAGUUGCCGAAGAGGAGAGCAAGGAAGCCAUUGAGCCCACCGUUGACACCAAGGAAGCUACAGAGUCCGCUAUCGAAGCACCCAAAGAGGAAGCCGAGUAGGAAGAAGAA